CCAGCGUGAGUCUGAAUCAUCGAUCGGGCGACUGUCGGAGUUAAGAAUCUAGAGUGAUGGGACCUGAGUGAAGGAACAGCCGCGAGUGAUCACUCUCCAAGCCGGUUAUGACAGGCAGUGGCACCCGGUGUGUGUGAGGUUAGUGUGGUGCUCUCUCUCUCUCUCUCUCUCUCUAGACAGAGCUGAGGUGAAAGGGUCAGGAUGGCUUCAGCCUGUGCUGAGAUCUGUGGGUCAGACUACGCUGAACAGACGCAGCACGACCAGAGAUACGGCGUCAGAUCAUACCUCCACCAGUUCUACGAGGAGUGUACUGCCUCCAUCUGGGAACGCGAUGAAGAUUUUCAGAUUCAGAGAUCGCCUAGUCGGUGGAGCUCUGUCCUCUGGAAGGUCUGUCUAGCGUUAGGAACCCUGAUUCUGGUGACAGGCCUCAUUGUCCUACUGGUGGGCUACGCCACCCCGACUAAGAUCGAAGCGUUCGGGGAAGACGAGCUCCUCUUCGUGGACAGCCACGCUGUCCUCUUCAACCGAGCCUUGGACGUGUGCAAGCUGACGGGCGCCGUUCUGUUCUGCGUGGGCGGCGGCCUAAUGGCCGUAGGUCUCCUCCUCUCGGCCUUCUCAAAGAGCUACUCCAAGGAGGAGCUGUACCUGCAGCAGAAGUUUAAGGAGAGGCUGGUUGAUAUCCAGAAUACGGUCCAUCCCGUCACCAGAGCCCCGACUCCGGGGGAGAGUAAGAUCCCCGUCACCCUGUCUAAAGUCCAAAGUGUCCAGCCCAACUCAGAGACAUAACAGUUGUCAAUGUAGUAUGUGAGAGGUAGAUUAUCAGUGGUGUUCAUGUGUCCUUGUUCCUAACCCUUCUAAAGGUCAGCUUAUGUCAUCUUAGUACUACUCCUUACAAACCCUGUGUUUCCAGCACUUACACUCAGGGCUGCAGGAGGAAUCACACAGCUCCUUUCAUGUAACGCUGUGUAAUUAAGGCUGCAGGAGGAAUCACACAGCUCCUUUCAUGUAACGCUGUGUAAUUAAGGCUGCAGGAGGAAUCACACAGCUCCUUUCAUGUAACGCUGUGUAAUUAAGGCUGCAGGAGGAAUCACACAGCUCCUUUCAUGUAAAUCUACUGGCUGGGUUACAAUCAUGUACCUAGACCAAGAAACUAACAGACCCACUGUAUAGAGCAGUGGGUCUCACCCUGGGGUACUUAUCCUAUCCACAGGGGGUACUUAUCCUAUCCACAGGGGGAACUUAUCCUAUCCACAUGGGGUACUUAUCAUAUCCACAUGGGGUACUUAUCAUAUCCACAUGGGGUACUUAUCCUAUCCACAUGGGGUACUUAUCCUAUCCACAGGGGGUACUUAUCCUAUCCACAUGGGGUACUUAUCAUAUCCACAUGGGGUACUUAUCAUAUCCACAUGGGGUACUUAUCCUAUCCACAGGGGGUACUUAUCAUAUCCACAUGGGGUACUUAUCAUAUCCACAUGGGGUACUUAUCCUAUCCACAUGGGGUACUUAUCAUAUCCACAUGGGGUACUUAUCCUAUCCACAUGGGGUACUUAUCCUAUCCACAGGGGGAACAUGGCCUAUCCACAUGGGUACUUAUCCUAUCCACAGGGGUACUUAUCCUAUCCACAGGGGUUAAUUAUCCUAUCCACAGGGGUACUUAUCCUAUCCACAGGGGUACUUAUCCUAUCCACAGGGGUUACUUACCCUAUCCACAGGGGUACUUAUCCUAUCCACAGGGGUACUUAUCCUAUCCACAGGGGUUACUUAUCCUAUCCACAUGGGGUACUUAUCCUAUCCACAGGGGGAAAUUAUCCUAUCCACAGGGGGAACUUAUCCUAUCCACAGGGGGUUCUUGGGGAGACUCAUCAGAACGUAGGCCUACUGCUCAAAUGAGGGGGUACUUCUGGGGAGACUCAUCAGAACGUAGGCCUACUGGUCAAAUGAGGGGGUACUUCUGGGAAGACUCAUCAGAACGUAGGCCUACUGGUCAAAUGAGGGGGUACUUCUGGGGAGACUCAUCAGAACGUAGGCCUACUGGUCAAAUGAGGGGGUACUUCUGGGGAGACUCAUCAGAACGUAGGCCUACUGGUCAAAUGAGGGAGUACUUCUGGGGAGACUCAUCAGAACGUAGGCCUACUGGUCAAAUGAGGGGUACUUCUGGGGACACUCAUCAGAACGUAGGCCUACUGGUCAAAUGAGGGGGUACUUCUGGGGAGACUCAUCAGAACGUAGGCCUACUGGUCGAAUGAGGGAGUACUUCU